GUUUGCGGCGGCGGCCGCCGCACGUGGGAGCCCCGCACCGAGCCCCCGGCACCGGCGGGUUCCCGGCAUCGCUUCCCGGAGCGGCAGUAGGGGAGGAGGCGACGGCGGCUUCCCCCCCUUCCCCACCCACCCCCCAAAGGGGGAUGCCCCCCUGAAGCACCGCCGCGGCCUGGCCCCCGUGCUGGGGAUGCGGCAGUACGCAGCCCCCCGCCACCGCGGAGCGCUGCGCGGAGGGGCCGCGCCGGGGGGCGGCCGCGGAGCAUGGCCAAGGAGCCCGGCAGCCGCCUCGGGGUAGCAUGGCCGUGAGCGCGGCGGCCCCCCCAGCCGCCGAGCCGCUGCCCCGCAGCAUCUUCAAGAAGUUCCUGGUGAUGCUCUGCUCCCUCCUCAUGUCCCUCUACGUCUUUUACUGCCUGGCCGAUCGCUGCCAGACCCUGCCCGGACCCAUCAUCGCCGCUGGUGCCGCCUCGGAGGAGGAGGAGGGUGGCGGCGGUGGGUACCUGGGGGGCUCGGCCGAAUUGCCCCCCUGGCAGGCGGCGGCGGCUCGGCGGAAGCGGCUCCUGCAGCGGCUCAAGCAGCAGCAGCGGCGGCGGCGGCAAGAGGCGGCGCCCGGCGAGGAGAUGCCGGCCGGGGGCGGUGGGAACCGGGCCGGCGGCUCGGGCGGGGGUGGCACUGCCGGGACCCUGACGCUGCUGCUGGGCGAGGGCACGAAGCGGCUGCCUCAGGCCAUCAUCAUCGGCGUGAAGAAGGGGGGAACGCGGGCGCUGCUGGAGUUCCUGCGGGUACACCCCGACGUUCGAGCCGUCGGUGCCGAGCCCCACUUCUUCGACCGCAACUACGAGCGGGGACUCGCCUGGUACAGGGACCUGAUGCCCAGGACCCUGGAGGGGCAGAUCACCAUGGAGAAGACCCCCAGCUACUUCGUCACCAAGGAGGCCCCGGCUCGCAUCUCCUCCAUGGCCAAGGGCACCAAGCUGAUCGUGGUGGUGCGGGACCCGGUGACCAGAGCCAUCUCGGACUACACCCAGACGCUCUCCAAGAAGCCUGACAUCCCCACCUUCGAGAGCCUGACCUUCAAAAACAGGACUACAGGCCUGAUCGACACCUCCUGGAGCGCCAUCCAGAUCGGCAUCUACGCCAAGCACCUGGAGAACUGGCUGCUCCACUUCCCCCUGGGGCAGAUCCUCUUUGUCAGCGGGGAGAGGCUGAUCAGCGACCCCGCGGGGGAGCUGGGCAGGGUCCAGGACUUUCUGGGCCUCAAGAGGAUCAUCACCGACAAACACUUCUACUUCAACAAGACCAAGGGCUUCCCCUGCCUGAAGAAGGCGGAAGGCAGCAGCAAACCUCACUGCCUGGGGAAGACCAAAGGCAGGACCCACCCUGACAUAGACCAGGAGGUGGUGCAGAGACUGAGGGACUUCUACCGGCCCUUCAACAUGAAGUUCUACCAGAUGACAGGGCAGGACUUUGGCUGGGACUGAGGCUGACACACAC